AUGGAUCUGAGCACCUUCCAGAACCUCAGUCGAGACUAUGUACGGGACAAAAUCUGUCAAGAAUUCAACAGCCUGGGAAAAGACAACUUCCGAUCUCUAGCAAUCAUCAUGAACAGCAAGAAAUUCUCCAAUGCCACCUUUGAAGAGAUCAGUCACGUUGUGAAAGACGUGGUCUCCCUGGCAGAAACGUGUUGUGUCAAAGGGGCUGACCCCAACUGCUAUGAAACUGGGUCUUCAGCUCUGUCUGCCAAGUCCUGUGAAGAAAACGUUCCUUAUCCUGAUCACCCAGGGAUUGCGGCUUGCUGUACCCACCAAGGGUUAGAGCGAAAGCUCUGUCUGGCUGCCCUGCACCAACCGCCCAAAGAGUUCCCUACAUACGUGGAGCCAUCGAAUGAAGAACUCUGUGAGGCCUUCAAGAAGGACCCCCAGGAUUUUGCAGAUAGGUUUACGCAUGAGUAUUCCAGUAACUAUGGACAAGCCCCACUGCCAGUAUUAGUGGGUUCUAUAAAGAGUUACUUGUCCAUGGUUGGGACUUGCUGCAUUUCAACAAGACCUACUGUGUGCUUCUUGAAAGAGAGAUUAGAAAGAAAGACUCUAUCCAUACUCACCACCAUGUCAAACAGAAUUUGUUCCCGCUAUGCAGUAUAUGGGAAGGAAAAAUCAAAGUUCAGCGUCUUAACGAUGUUUGCUCAGAAGAUACCCUCUGCCUCGUUUGAGGACAUUUCCCCGCUAGCGGAAGCCUCUGCUGAGGUGUUUUCCAAGUGCUGUAGUUCCAUGGCUGAAGACUGCAUGCAGAAGGAGUUAUCAGAACUCACCACAAAAAUCUGCACUAAAGUAUCAUCCAAGGACGAAAAAUUUUCUGAUUGUUGCAAAGGAAAAAAUCUCCUGGAAAACUACUUGUGCAUAUAUUCACUGCAACCUGCUAAAUCUCUUCAACUGCCGGAAAUCCAAAGACCCACAGACGAACAGCUGUGCACGAACGAUGGGAGCCAUCCGAUGGAUCAAUUCACAUUUGAGAUAGCGCGAAGGCAAACCAACAUCCCAGAGGUGUUCCUAAGUAAGGUGUAUGAUGCUACCCAUAAUCUUGUCAAUGGAUGCUGUACCGCUGUGGAUUCCAUUGCUUGUGUCUCUAGCAAGAGGCCAAAGCUGAGAGGGGAGCUAUUAAAAUUCCUAACAAAGGCCGAUGAGCUAUGUGGAGAAUAUAAUGACCUCACGUUCCUUGAAUUCAAACAGAGACUAAAAGAAAGCUUCAGCAAGACCAUGCCUGAUGCAACCCCAGCCUCCCUUACAGAGCUGGUGGAGCGGAGAGCCAAUUUCGCCUCCACGUGCUGUAUUAUGAAUGCACCUCCAGUGUACUGUGGCUUGAAGAUUAACGCUGAAGUUGGACACACAUGUGACCAUGAUUCCUGCAUGUUGAUCUAG